AUGAAAUCAAAUGUGUCAUUUUGUCUUCAUCUUCUACGAAAAAAAAUUUGGCGGCCAUAUGUACCCAGUAAACGGCUUCUUUCAAAUUUUUCUGAUACACUACCACGUGAUUUGAAAUAUACAUUCUUAGAUGAAGGAAUGCAUUCUUCAAAACUUGCGAAAGGAAUUGGACAACAAAUUGGUUGCCAGGAUGCUAUGCAGUGA